AUGAGAUUACCUAGUACACUGUCAAGAUUUUAUCACUUGAAAUUCUUGGACCUAGAUGGUUGGAAUGGUCAUUCUGAUUUGCCUGAAGACUUUAGCCACCUUGAGAAUUUACAUGAUUUUCAUGCUACAAGUAAACUCCACUCCAAUAUUCGCAAUGUUGGAAAGAUGAAGCAUCUGCAAGAGCUAAAAGAAUUCCAUGUCAGGAAUGGGAGCAUGGGAUUUGAGCUGUCAGAACUUGGGGCAUUGACAGAGCUUCAAGGAGGACUGAUUAUACGUGGUAUUGAACACGUGUCGAACAAGGAGGAAGCUACUGCAGCCAAACUGAAGUUGAAAAAGAAUAUGAAGGAGCUGGAAUUACUCUGGGGCAGAGAUGGAGCAACUACAGAUGCUGAUAUCCUUGAUGCUCUUCAACCACACUCGAAUCUUAGAGCACUUAUAAUUGCAAAUCAUGGUGGUACCGUUGGUCCUAGUUGGUUGUGUCUUGACAUCUGGUUAGCAAGUUUGGAGACUCUCACUCUAGAAGGCGUAUCUUGGAGCACCCUCCCACCUUUUGCGAAGCUACCAAAUCUCAAGGGACUCAAAUUGAAGAAAAUUUCUGGAAUGCAUCAAUUUGGGCUUCGAUGUGGUGGCACUCCAGGAAAAUGUUCUAUGCGCUUGAACAUAAUCGAGUUUUAUGAGAUGCCAGAACUUGUUGAAUGGGCUGUGGAACCUAAUUGCCAUUCCUUAACAAGCAUUGAAGAAAUCAUAUGCAUCGAUUGUCCCAAUGUCUGUGUGAUGCCCUUCUCAGAGGUAUCUUGCACCAAUUUGCGCGGACUUCAAGUUUCUGGGUGCCCAAAGAUGUCUCUGCCCUCCAUGCCUCACACCUCCACACUGACAGAUUUAGAUGUUAAAAGAGGUGAUUCAGAAACAUUGUUGUCUUAUGAUGGAAAGCUAUUGGUUGUUAGAGGGUAUGGCGAUGCUUUGGCCUACCACAAUAUGGAUAAACUAGAAGAUAUGGUUAUUGAAAAUGUAUCAUGCAUAUCAAUGCAGUUCCCAUCAUCCAGCUCACUCCAGAAACUUAGCUUUAGAGACUGCAAGGGCCUGGUUCUUGUGCCUGUGGAGAAUGGAGGAGAAAUUCAGGAGGACAACUCAUUGCUCCAAUCAUUAACAAUAUGGGGAUGUGGCGAAUUGUUCUGUCGGUGGCCCAUGGCCAUGGGAGAAUCAAAGACCAUUUACCCUUUCCCUGCUUCCCUGAGGAAACUCGAUGUUUGGGGCGAGCAAAGCAUGAAGUCAAUGGCUCUGCUCUCAAACCUCACGUCUCUCACCAGUCUAAGCCUAAUAAGAUGCAGUAAUUUAACAGUGGAAGGAUUCAAUCCUCUCAUCAUAGUCAACCUUAAAGAACUGCAAGUUACCAGCAACAACACCUUAGCAGCAGAUCUGCUCUCAAAGGUGGCAAGGACCAAAUUAUUGCCUGCAGGUUACAUCUCUAGAUUGGAGAAGCUCAUUGUGGAUAACAUCUGUGGAUUGCUUGUUGCUCCUAUUUGCAGCCUCCUCGCCCCGACCCUCCACACACUUGAAUUCCAGUAUGAUGGGAGGAUGAAAAGCUUGACGGAGGAGCAAGAGAAAGCGCUGCAGCUCCUCACCUCCCUCGAGAAACUACAUUUUCUCUGGUGCUAUGGUCUGCAGUCCCUUCCUCAAGGGUUACAUCGCCUUCCUUCUCUCAAGGAGUUACAUGUGGUUGGGUGUCUAAAAAUCCAAUCGAUGCCCAAGGAGGGCCUCCCGGUUUCUCUGCGAAAACUAGAGAUGAAUUGGCGCAGCGCUGAGAUAGACGAGCAAAUUGAGAAAAUCAAAGAACCAACCCACAUUUAUCCGUCGAAGAAUAACUAG